CAGUCAACGGAUCGACAAUGUGUGUCUCCUGGAACUCUGGUGGAAACUGGUCAGAGGAAGGAUGUAAAGUGAAGAAAAAUGCCACGACAUACACCAUCUGCGAAUGUACCCAUCUCACCAACUUCGCCAUUCUCGUGGAUGUGACUGGACAGCAGGAUCUGUUCGCUCUCCAUGUCAUCACAUACAUCGGCUGCAUCAUUUCCAUCCUGUGCCUCUUCAUCUGUAUCUGUAUAUUCCUUGGCUUCAGACGGGUUCGUUGUUCCCGGACUAUCAUCCAUGCAAACCUGUGUAUCUGCCUGCUGUUUGCUGAACUUGUUUUCCUCGUUGGCGUGGACAAAGUUCACAAUCCGGUUGCUUGUGACGCGAUAGCUAUAACCCUUCACUACCUGUUCCUGGCCGUCUUCACCUGGAUGUGUGUGGAAGGAGUGGAGCUGUACGUCAUGCUCAUCAGGGUCUUCAACUUGAAGCGCACCCGGCUGAUCUACUAUCACAUAGUCGGCUACGGAAUACCUGCAAUAGUGGUUCUUGUAUCAGCUGCCAUCAACUAUGGGCUUAAUCUAGAAGGAUAUGGAAAAUGGGAAGACACGGACGAGAGGCGGAAAUAUUGCUGGUGUUCAGUUAAGAGCAAGUUUAUCUGGAGUUUUGUGGGUCCGAUGCUGGUGAUUAUUGCGGUGAACCUGGGGUUCCUGGUCAUGACCCUGAAAGUGAUCUACUCACAGAGAUCCCAUGAUAAACAGGAACAGGCCUGGCAGGGAGAAAAAUUCAAGUUCUGGAUCCGCGUGUCCCUGGCCCUUGUGUGUGUCCUGGGUGUGACCUGGGUGUUCGGUGUGCUGUAUGUCAGCCGAGAGACCGUCAUCUUUGCCUACAUUUUCACCAUCGUCAACUCUCUACAAGGCCUGUUUGUGUUUGUAUUCCACUGCCUAUUGAAUGAAAAGGUGAGGGAUGAGUUCAAGCGGCAGAUGUCUCGCCGUGCGUGGUGGACUGGCAAGAGGAGGCAAGGAUGGGAGACCGGUGCCACAGGGGAACAGCUUUGGCUGGGUGAAAUCACAGACAGUAGGAAAAGCUCCAGUUAUCUUACCAGAGACACCGUGGUGACAAGUGAGAGCUCAGAGGGCACAACUUCUGACCGGAGCUUGGUGAAAAAUACAAACAACAACAAUAGAAGAGGAUCCCACAAUCCAAAGAUCACAUCCUUUCGAUAAAAAAAACUUGAAACAUACUUGAGCGUGUAUAAUGUUUCUGCUAUCACUGAAUAGUGAAGACAUCAAAUGGGACUGGGGCUAUGAUGCAAGAACAAACAAAGUAAUCCAGUUAUACUUUCUUACAAUGAUAAAUACUUCUGUCAUUUUCAAUAUUCUAUUAAUGUCCAGAUAACGCUGUAUACACGCAUUAUAUUCGUAACUCAUAUACAUACAGUAUACAAUGUGUACAAGCUUUGUCUUUAUCAUAACGUAUGGUAUGUGUGUACAUUUAAUAUCUUGCUUGCUUCUCAUGCAAUAGUCUUUAACCACUAAAACGUAUGUCGAUACAAGAUACAUUACAAAUGUAUACUACAGUCGGCAUUAGACUAUCGGUACCGAUGUCCGACGUGUUUAUGUGUCCAUGGCAUUUAUCUAGAUCUAUAUUAUUGCGGCCACAUGAUAAAAUGGUACGGUCGAAUUAAUCCUAAAUCCAUGUUAUAUCUGAAUCUCUGAAUUGAAUACAAAAUGUCCAGCUCCGGUGUUCAUAGAUGUACGAAUUAGUGGGAUAUGAGUUAAUUGAAUGUAAGGAACUCUCUGAGCAGAGGUUGUUGGGAAGGAUUGUAUCAAAUGGCCCGUUUUCUUUCCACUGGUCCUACCAACAUCUGCUUCACGUUGUCAGUAUUUUAUGCAUUGAUGUAUCGAUACAUUGUUUUUAUUUUUGAGAAUCUAUGAUGACCAUUAGAUUAGCAAAUGUUGCUACAAAUAGUGUACGUGUUUAUGAAUAUCUUAUGAUUCUUUAGAAAGCACACAUUAUAUUUGUCAUCUCACGUUAUUUUCAUUGUUCCUUGUUGUCAUUUGUCCAUACUCAUUUUAUUCUGCUGAAUUUCAAUAUAAUUUAUAAUAUUAGACUCUUUUUAUCUUU